ACCAUCCGCUAGCUUCUUUUAGCAUCUGUAGCUAGCCCCCCGGACCCAGAGACCCUCCUGUCCGCUCGCUGUCGGUGAUGUGUGUCGCUUGAAGUUGACGGUGCGAGUGAAGCGAAGAUCCGGGUGUGAAGAUGCAGUUCAUGCUGCUGUUCAGCCGGCAGGGAAAGCUGCGCCUACAGAAAUGGUACGUGCCUCUGUCCGACAAGGAGAGGAAGAAGAUCUCCAGGGACCUGGUGCAGACCAUACUGGCCAGGAAACCCAAGAUGUGCAGCUUCUUGGAGUGGAGGGACCUCAAGAUUGUGUACAAGAGAUAUGCAAGCCUGUACUUCUGCUGUGCAGUCGAGGAUCAGGAUAACGAGCUGAUCACGUUGGAAAUCAUCCACAGAUACGUGGAGCUGCUGGACAAAUACUUUGGCAGUGUGUGUGAGCUGGAUAUCAUCUUCAACUUUGAGAAGGCCUACUUCAUCCUGGAUGAGUUCCUGCUGGGCGGAGAGGCCCAGGAGACGUCCAAGAAGAACGUGCUGAAGGCCAUCGAGCAAGCCGACCUGCUGCAGGAGGAGGCCGAGGCGCCACGGAGCGUUUUAGAGGAGAUUGGGCUGACAUGAAUCACCCCUCUGCUGCCUCGCCGUUCUGUCUUCCAAUUCAGAUCUGGCAACCUCCAUGACUCCCCCAAUCCCCCUCCCCCCCUGUCUUCUCCUGGUCACUGUGUCAGUGUUGUAUGUACAUAAUCACCAUCUCUGUACUGUACUCUCCUGUAAUGUCCUUUCAAUGUGGUGCCAACUGUGCUUUUGCUGUGUCUCCUUAUGUACAAGCUCCCUCGCUGUAUCCCGCUGUGCUAUUAUCGUACGUCACUCUCGUAACCUCUCAAAACACCACAGAGAACAAUGUAGCAACAACAUGAAAUCUCCAACAUCAUAUUAAGAUCAUCCAUCAUCACCGAUUGAAAGGUUGGUUGUUCUGUUCGGCUUCAGGAACUUUUUAAGGUGCUGUUGAAGCUGCAGUUGGUUUGAGUCACAGAGCAAAGCAUCGGAUUUCAGGAAAGAAUAAAUACUCAGCUAUGGAAAUUCGAUUUUUUUUUUAGAUUUUACUCUUCCUACCGAGUGGAUGAUAAAGACAUUUCUAUCAAAUAAUAAAUGUUAAAUUUGCUUCUUGUACAAAUUGAGUAAGGAGAUGUGUCAUUUUGGGCUGUUGUCUCGGAGCCUGUUCAGACUUGGGUGUUCACAUCCGCCCUGAGUGAUCCGAUCACACGUGGUCAGCGCUGACUACAGGUCUGAACACACCCAAAUGUGUCCUUGAUGCAUCCUGAGAUCCAAGCACUCAGACCACAUUCAGAGUUUGUCUGCUUAGAGCUGUACACUCGUGAUCUGAUCUCAGGGCGGAUGUUAAUACCAAGUCUGAACAGAGCCUAGAAAUAACUUCUGAACAACAGCAGUGUUGUGAAAUGACCUCCUGAGUAGUAUUGUUUUUGAAAGGAAUGCAUUUUUUGGAUGAUCUGUUGCUCAGCUCUGUGGCUCAAAUAUAACAAUUAAACUUUUAUCAAAUUGCUAAUGUGGGAAACACUGAAAAUGUUACUAUCACAUCUUUGUGGGUAAAUUCAGCCCAGCAGAGAAAUUAAAAAGAAGUACCUACAAUCAGUAUCAGGUUCGUAUAAGUUUGUUUGGUGACUCCUCUCUAGAAACUAACCAUUUCAUAUUUCUUUUUAAGAAAUGCACGUUUACUUUUAAAAACCAGCUGUCUUUGUGUAGUUAGCGUAAAACUGUAUUUUCAUGUUUGCAUUUUUCUGACAAAGGCAUUUGUUUCAGAUUGAAUUCUGUCUCUGAAGAUAAAUCCUAGGUCGGUCUCUCCCUUAGUCUUAGGUCAGGAUAGUAUAGUGAACAAAAUAAAGAAAAAUGCUAUUUUAUGUAUUAUGAUAGUUUGGCUCACUUUUAAAGACGUAUUAACAUGACCAAAGAACACUGUGUUUUACCUUCUCAAUGGUGUCUAACAUGGCAGAAAAGGGAUUUAGGAUGGGAGGAUGUUUGGGUUAUUUUGUAACAAUACAUAUAUAUACACACACCAGUAUUAUGUUAUUAUUACAAUCCUUUUAAAGACAGGCUUAUCCUGGUGUCUUUAUGGAUCAGGAAGGUGGAAAGAUGAACUGCAUAUAUCAGGUACAUCAAUUAAUAUUCAUCACUGACGGCUUGUUCAAGUCAACAAGUUUGAAACAGACGCUCAUCCCAAACUGUUAUGGCAGUCCAGUGUUUUUUUUUUAAUCUGUACUCUUAAAACCAGUGUUUCUGUUCAGCAAAUAUUAAAGAAGUUCCUCUUUGA